GAUCAUUUAGACAGCAGGAGAACUGUUAAAACGGUGUUUUCUGUGUGUAGUGUCAGCCACUAACUUACGUUAGAUUUGUUGUUGUCGACGCGAUAUGUGUCACGUCAUGUACGGGCUCAUAUAAAGACUAACGGAAAGAAAACAGCACGGAGAAGAUCUUAGAAAGCCAAAUAUGUGAACAUUUCGACAUAUAGCUAAUAUAAAGUAAAUAUGAUUUGAGUUGUGUCGGAUAACUUACUUCUGUGGCCUACUUGCGUUCUGCGAGGUUGCUAGGGCGAUGCUAAGCUGUUGCUAAGGUGCUCAGAGUGUGUGUGCGCUAACGUGCUGUGAGUGGCUGCGGAAUCAACUGCUAAGGUGUUCCAGGUGGUUGCUAGGGCAUUGCUAAGGAUAUUUGGGCUGUUCCUAGGGUGUUGCUAGAAAUGAAUCACUGUGAGCUUGAAGAAGUGACGCAACAUAUCAACAACAAAAUAUCCAUGAUUAAAAGACUCCUGGAGCUCCGAGCUGUCGCAAAAGAUCCAGACAAACGGGGGACUCUUCUUAAAAUCGAGCAAGAAGUCUCUGCUAUCAACCAGCUUCUGGAUCGAUUUGAGAGAUAUGUGGGCGAGCAGAGAGGCUUGCUGAAGCAUUUGAAGGAUCUAGAAGGGUUUUUCCAGGAGGAUGAACAGGAUGCCCUUCACCUUAAGAACAACAUCCCUCCGCACAUGCCCAAAAGAGGCCAACAAGCAUCUCUGCAAGGAGGAGGACAGGUGGCAGUUCAGAGCAGGCAGGCAGAUGGCUCCGCCCCUCAGGAGCAGGGUCCACCCAGGAAAUCUCAGCGUAACCAGAUCAAAGAGAUGGAGUUCGUUACCGUCCCAGAGUUUGACAGCAUACCACCGUACAUGAAAGGCCGUGUGAUGUACGACCAGCUGAACGCAGCGGUGCAAAGCAUAAACACAGCUGUGUCGUCAAAAUAUAAGAUCCUCCAUCAGCCAGUCAAAACCCUGAACAAUGUGUCCCGCACGCUCCACCAGCGCUUUAAAGACCAAGAAACAAAGGACACCAAGGGUCAGUUUUUCAUCGUGGAGCAAGAUAUCAGAGAGUUCGCCCAGCUGAAAGUGGAUAAACGGUUUGUGGGCAUGUUAAACAUGCUACGCCACUGCCAGCGCCUGAGGGAAGUCCGAGGCGGUGGACUCACACGCUUCAUCCUGCUCUAAGACUCAUAGUAGACCACAUCUCCAUCACAUCGCUUUGAAUGGAGUUUUGAAAGGGACUAGGCACUAAAAAGAUACAUGUGUGUUUGAGAGCUGUUUGCCGUGGAAUGAACUUCAGUGUCCAUUUGAUUAAAAAUAGAAAUGAUGUCAAAAUCAUCUUGAUUUGCAUCUACUCAGUCUGAGGCCUGGAACCUGGCAGAAAACUGGAUUUAUGGUAAACAUAAAUUACACAGUCAAACAUCAAAUGCUGAAAGUUUUGUGUGCUUGAAAGAUGUUGCUAAUAAUUAUAUAAUGAUUUCAGAACUGACAUUUGGUGUCAACUUUGUGUAAUUUAUUGUAGAACAAAACUCAUUAUUUCUCUUAAAUUAAUGUCAACAACAGACUUAAUUUGCUCAUAAAUCCAGAAGCGUUGUUCUAAAACCCAUUAGAAAUUCCCACGGGCACCCCAUGGUGGAUUAGCAUUCCGGGACGGCCUACAAAUUGACAUUGUGAAUUAACAGUCGGGUUGCUUUAUCUGUGAUGAUGUAAUUAUAAGUUGAUUGCUGUAUUGUUUAUAUUGGAGCUUAAAUAAAAUUGCAGUUUUUGUAACCUCA